AUGGUAAGGAGUUCCAUGAGGGCCUAUGCACAUCUUAACACCCUUGGAAACACAAAGGCACUGUCGGCAUACUACAAUACCCCUGGUAUGCCUGCAAAGCUACAGACUAUAGCAAUGGCUAUCCUGUGUCAGAGUGCUUUUGAUGCUGUAGAUUUCAUCAGACCAAGGCAACAGUUCAGCUGCCUGAUUUGGCAAGACAGGCAAGUAGUCUUGAAGGGACUGAGACAAGGUGUUUGUGUGAGACCGGGAGGGGAACGGGAACGGGUGAGGUGGAGUACAAGUCUGAGUAUGAACGAUACUGAGGAAACCGUCUUAGGUACCCGUGAUCCUGACGAGUUGCCGCAGAAAGUCUCUGUAUGGACACAGGUGUUAACUUAUUAUUAG